AUGCACCAUACGCACCCCGAAGGAGGAAACGCGGCGCAGUUGGGAGUGGGUUCCGCUGCUGCUGCUGCUACUGUCUUUGCUGGCCAAACGGAUGAGUCAAGCUCGAGCAUAGGUUUUCUCGCAUCGCAUCGCAUUGCAGCGCAUUCGACCACUGGUUGUCGACAUCGGCGACUCCACGCCCAGGCUGCCAGGUCCCUUCGCGAUGCGAUGCGAUGCCAGGGCAAUGCCUGCAACUACAACUGCAAGUCCCUACACCUCGACCAGGGGGAGUGGAAAACGGAAAACGGGGAAAACGCCACAGUCAGAGCCCUCAAGUACCAUCUCUCGUCUUUCCGUGUAUUCAUGCCCUCGGAACCGUCUCGUAUCAGACGACCAGCACCAGCGCCUACACCUGGAUAUGGACCUAGACCUGGACCUGGAUCUGAACUUGGAGUCAGCUCGAAUGCUCCAAAACCACUCAACAGACCCGGAAGGAGGGAAGAGAUUCCACGAUCAUUACCGAAGCCCUCAUCUAUCUCACGCCCAGCCGUAAGGAUCCCCCAACCCUCUACUACUCGGCGUCCUUCGAUCCCUCAGCCUGUGCCACGCCCUGCCUUGAACCAUCAGGCACAAUCAUGGGGCUCUUCUUCUACUUCAACAUCCACGAAACCAGCUUCCAACCAUCGCGGCGGAGGUUCCGGGUCAUCAUCAUCAGCCCAAUCCAUGGACAACACCAGACCUAGCCCAAACCCAAAUGUUUUGCGCAGAAAGAAGUCUUCACUCUCUGGCGAUGUCACCACUGCACGGAAUGGCUCAUCCCGCACGAAUUCUUCCUCUGUAUCGUCUCAACACAAACGACAGGGCUCACUGGAUCCUGCAUUCGGCUUCCAUCUGGAUAGAGAACUUACUAGUAGCCCUGCUGAAAUUCAAAUUGCUGAAGUUGUCGAGGUAAAGAAGCCCUCCAAGUCGCCAGUAAUCUACCCCGAGCUGGACCGUUACCGUAACGUUCGCCGCCCGUCAGACAGCUCGGACCACCGUAUCGAGGUUCCGUUUCGGUUAGCGACACACGAUUUGCCUCCUCCAACUCCAGCCAGUCUACUGUUCUCUGGGACUAGUGGGAGCCCUUCCACUAGGUUCUCUGAGUCGCCUGGGCCAUGGUCUUACAGCCGUGACACUACGCCAACAUCGAUUGCAUCUCAAUCCCCAGGUCUCCUUGCGCCUCUUCGCAGCAACCAGAACAAGAAUCGACUACAAAGUCCCGUUCUUAACAGACCUCCCGUAACCCGACGGGCGGCUGGAAGUUUCUCUAACGAAUACGAUGUAAUCACUGUCGAUCCCCAUGGCCUGGCAGCCGUCAGAGAAUCCCUUACUUCCUCAUCAUCAAACUCGACUGUUCGUGAGGCCACCAUCAAGAAGAAGACCAAGAAUCUUCCUCCUCCACCACCAAGUCCCCCGCCACGCAAGUCGUCACAGUCCUUCAGAGAGGAGACUUCGUCACCCAAGUCGGUGCGCAAGGUAUCGAGACCUGUUCUUCAAUCUCCCUCCCCAGAUAGAAGCACUCAGACAUCCGCCUCGCCCAGAGCUGUUCCCCCUUCACGGCCCAGCAGAGAUGGCACCCCCGACAUGCAGUCCCAGUUGUUCAACCCCAUGCCAGUCAUUCACAGCAACCUUUCAACACAAUCCCUCCCAACCGAAAGACGUGGAAGUGAGUCUGCUGCUUCGGGAGCUCUCUCGCCCCCUAAGCCUCAGUACACCCAUGGAGGCCGGACAGCAUCGACAUCUCAGCUUCCCAUCAAAGGUGAGGUUUAUUCUCAACCUGUAGUUAAGCUGUCUGCCGAAGCAAAUAGGGUCAAGGCUCCCGAGCCUCCUCGAAUGACCCGCACACCGAGUCCCAACGUUUCAAGCUCGUCUUUCUCGCGGUUCGCAUUCUUUGGUCGCAAGAAGAACACCAAUGUAGUGCAGCCUGAGAAGAGCGACAAGGACAAGAAACUUAUUCGAAAGGGCCCUGCAGCUGGUACAGGUCAUGAAGGUUACGGACGACUCGGUGCUGCGAAGAGACGCAGUGGCAGUAUCAGCAAUGUGACUCGCAACUCGCCUAACCCGUCAUCCCAAGAGCCUCGUUCCAGCAACGAUUCCUUCUUGACGGACCGUGUCAACCCAGUGGUUAUCGCUGGAGGUGAGAUCAUUGAGAACCGAAACGCGAGCUCCGAAAUGUCUCGCAGUGCAAGCUCCCAGAGUUUAGCGAAUGACGAAUCUAAGCUGGGCAGCAUGCAGGCUCCUACCCAACAGAAGUCUCGAAAUACUCUAUGGCCAUCACCCAUGUCUCGCACUCAACACCCAGCUUUUGGCUCUCGCCGACCCUCCGAAAGCAGCGAUUCUGAGGGUCCCACGAUGAAGUCGACACUGGCCUUUCGAAGAUCUGUCCAACGUCUUCGAUCUUCCCCAGAUGACCCACUUAAGCUACCCCAGCCUAUCAACACUUCAGGCUAUGCUUCCUCGCCGAUGACAAGUUUCGAUACCAGUGUUAUGUCUGAUGAGUCUCAUUUUGAUCUGCAACGGGAGAUGUCACACGAGGCAAAGUCCUCCCACCCAGCGCCGAAGAAGCUGGUCAAAAGGUCGCGCUCGCCUCGAAAAUGGAACCUGUUCGGACGAUCAACACAGACUCAGCAAUCGUCUAAGCAGGGUGAGAAGGUUUCGGCUACCGUCAAGGUGGUCGAGAAGAAGCCUCUUGCCUUCUAUACCAUGAUGGACUCUUCGGAACAAGAAGACAGUGAGCCAAUGGACAUUCAAGAUGUCUUGAGGUUUGCCGAGGUUUAUGGAAAGUCACCUAGUGUCGGUGGUACUCCUGAGCUGUCACAGGGCACACCAGAGAUGCGAUCCUCUACCAACUCUCCAGCACAACCUGCGGAACCAGCCCAAGUCCGCAGAAGGGAGAGUAUUGAGAUCAAGAUCAAGUCUCGCUUAGCUGCUCCUCAAAAGACCACGGGAUUGAAGAAGCUCACUCUCCAACCUACUCUGCAGCUUCCUUCAACUGGCACCAGUGCUGGUCGACGAAGCAGACUUCCUCAAGUUGGAAGGAUUCCUAAAGUCGUGAGCAACCGUACUGAACAUGUUUCUCCCAUGAGCUUCUCUCGACCCUUCAGACCUAGCAUGCAAUUGGCGCCCGAGACCCUUGAAGUCUUUACCCCCGAGCCAAUCAACAAAGAACCCGAGCCUUCCAGGCCUACCACUCCUGUGCCAGAUCUCACCACCGAUGGCUCAACAGCAGAUAGCACCAACAACCUCUCAUCCAGAGACUCAAAUCCUCUUGCAUUGGGCCGAGCGGAUAAGGAAUUCCUGGCAUUCUCACCUCGCAAGGACUCUGAAGGAACCAUUGGCACAUCUAGCUCAAGCUGCUCUGGUAUCCUCGCGUUUUCUGGUUCUACUGCUGUUAUACCACAGCCUUACGACCCACCUGUAGAGGAUGAAGUGUGGGAUGAGUACGACGAUCUCCUUGAAGAUGAUGCUGCCAAGCCACUUCCCUCAGCAACAUCAUCGAGGGGUACGCCAUUCCACCUUGAGACCUAUGAGUCCAAGCUGGCAAGCAAGGAGAAGCCUUUGGAGUCUCCUACCAUUGUCUUCGAUAAGAAGGCAAUCCGUCAAUCUAAGGCAACGACUAUCUCUAGCACUUGCAGCGCUGAUAUGACUGAGCGUCUGCGAGCGGCUUUCCAGCCUCAUCCUAGCCCUACCACUCCCUUCCCGGUAUCAGAUCUUGUAUCAGGCCAAGAAGAUCGCGAUACAAACACCGAGACUCCCGCAGUUGGUGAGGUGUCACGAAGGAGUAGCCGCUCUUCUCGCAAGACAAGACGAUCUGACGCCAGCUCCUCUUCGGAAGAUGGAUCACCACUCGCACAGGUCAACCUCAGGGUUGGCUCGAUGACAGUAAGUAAGUGGCUCACUUUCGGACAUGUCCUUUUCAGUGAUGUUCGUCACGAAUUGGUUCCGGUUGAGGGAUCUUUGAAGCGGCACUCAAUCUUGGUGAUUGACGGUCUCGGCAAUGAUGACUGGUCAUUCUAUGCUGCCGAAACGUACCCAGCCGCCACUUUCUUCAAUUUGUCCCCUCGUGCUCCCCUUCCUGAAGAACUGAAGAGCUCAUCGUCGAGCUUCCCUCUCAGCCCCCCGAACCAUCAUCAGAUUCAAUAUGUCUCUCAUCUCGACAAGUUCCCCUUCGCUCCUCAAAGCUUCACGGCUGUUGUGUACCGAUUCCCUGUCGCAGCACCAGAAGCUUAUUACCGCAGCAUCCUCACGGAAGCUCGGCGUGUGCUGAAACCUGGAGGCUUCAUCGAGCUCUCCAUCCUCGAUGUUGAUUUGAACAAUAUGGGCAACCGUGGUCGACGUACAGUUCGCCGACUCAAGGAGAGAAUCAACGAGAAGACACCCGAUACUAGUCUUGGAUCGACUGCGGAUCUCAUUGUGCGUCUGCUCGGCAAGGUUGGCUUCACCACCAUCAAGGCAGCGCGUGUCGGCGUACCCGUCGCAAGCUCUGUUACUCGCUCGGACAGCAAGGGCAAGGCCCCUGUCGAGAAGAAGAAGGACCAGCCAAGUCUUUCCGAAAUGAUGAGCGACAACAGUCCCUUGGCUGACGAGGGCAUCACCAAGAUGGUCAGCCGCGUUGGCCGAUGGUGGUAUACUCGAUGCUACGAAAACGCGGCAGAGAACCCGUCCGGAAAGAGCAUCUGGAGCGACAAGUCGCUGCUUUCUGAGUCUGAAGAGCUUGGUACAAGCUUGAAGCUCAUGGUUUGUUGCGCUCGAGCUCCCCUUGAGCGCAUCACCAGUGUCUAA